CGCUUAAUUAAUUUUAAGAAACUACGAAACUUUACUCUCUUUUUCUGGAAGUGAUUAGAAAUUGGAGAGAGAGAGAGAGAGAGAGAGAGAGAGAGAGAGAGAUGGGACAAUGGCUAUCUGCAUCGAGAAGGGUAGCCGGAGAGCUGGAAGCCUCUCCAGAAUUUGAAGCAGCCUGCUCCUCAGAAUACCAACACUGUCUCUCCCUCACCCAACACGCCUUCCCCGGCGUCCUCCCCUAUCAGCUCUUCUCCGCCUCCCACCGCCUCCACCUCGCCCGCCCUCAUCCUCUUAUCUCCAAGUGGGUCCCCGACCCCCCAACCCAGGCCCAGGUCGACCGGGCCUUCCGCGCUGUGGCAGGCCCUGCCCACGAUGAGACCACCCUCGGCCCAGCCCAGUUCAAGGCCUUCGCCGUGGAGCUGUUCGCCGGCGCCGUCCUGGCCAAUGCCGGGAAAGCGGUUCUCCGGCGGGUUCCGGUGGUUAUCGCAGGAAUUGCAGGGAUUGGGGCGGUGACACGGCCGGGAAAGGAGGUGGUGGGGGCGGCGAUCGGGGUUUACGCGCUCGGCGUCGCUGCUUCUGUGUAUCUCGGUUUAUCCGGUUAGGUAUGCCUGAUCGUUUUUCAUGAUCUUUGGAUACGUGGCGCCAUCGUAAUCCAUGUGUAAGAACACAGUGCUUCUCGACCGUUGGAUGGCACCAGUGGUUACUGUUACUGUUAUCGCUUUGAGACCUUGAAUUUAAAAACACAAAAAAGAAAAAUAAAAAUAAAAAUGGCGCGCAGUGGGUUUAGUUCUUGGAAUUGUAGCACAGGAGAGCUCAAAAAGUGAUAUUACUGUAUUGCCCUUACUUCUUUAUGUGAAUAAAAGCUGCACUACUUAAAUUGUAACA